CAGCCCACCUCUGCUCUGAAGAAGAACACACUGUUCCUGUUCAGUUUACUAUAACUAAGCUCAAGAUUCAUGUGGUUCUGAUCUUCAUAUCUGAUCAGGAGUUAAGAUAAGAAAUAGAAACAGUUCAAGCACCCUGACUACAGUUUCCUAUCAAGGGAAGGUGUGUGGUGCAUAGGUUUUGAAUAUAGAAAGCUUGUUUCUGCUUUUGGGAGCUACAACUGUGAAGUGUUAUACCAGGCAGAUGCACUGGGGUGCGCUACGAUGUAGCCGAGCCUAGCUGUGCAUCACAGCUCUCAACUUUAAAACUCCAGAGAAUUUGAUGAGAGAGGGAUCCACAAGAACAUGACAAAUGAUGAGAGUUCAAACCUUAAGAGAAAAAUGGGCUUAUUGGAGACGGAGGCAAUUAUCUUUAAAACAAGCCGAUUUCAAGGAUAUAUUCAAAAAGUCAACUUCAGGAUCUCUAGUGGAAGAGGAAGACCAGCACAUGAAAUUGUCCCUUGGAAGCAGCGAAAUGGGCCUCUCUUCCCAUUUGCAGUCUUCCAAGGCCGGAACCACACGCAUCUUUACCAGCAAUACCCAUAGUUCUGUGGUGUUACAGGGAUUUGACCAGCUCCGACUUGAAGGAUUGCUCUGUGACGUGACCCUAAUGCCAGGGGACACAGAUGAUGCCUUCCCUGUGCACAGAGUCAUGAUGGCCUCUGCUAGUGAUUAUUUCAAGGCUAUGUUCACAGGUGGGAUGAAAGAACAAGAUUUAAUGUGCAUUAAGCUUCAUGGCGUGAGCAAAGUCGGUUUAAGGAAAAUUAUUGACUUCAUUUACACUGCAAAGCUUUCUCUUAAUAUGGACAACCUUCAAGACACACUGGAAGCUGCCAGUUUUCUACAGAUUCUGCCGGUUUUGGACUUCUGCAAAGUAUUUCUCAUAUCUGGGGUCACUUUAGACAAUUGUGUUGAAGUUGGGCGGAUUGCCAAUACCUACAAUCUGACAGAAGUAGAUAAAUAUGUUAACAGUUUCGUCUUGAAGAAUUUUCCUGCGUUGCUGAGCACUGGGGAGUUCUUGAAACUCCCUUUUGAACGUCUUGCCUUCGUGCUUUCCAGUAAUAGCCUUAAGCAUUGCACUGAACUUGAGCUCUUUAAGGCUACCUGUCGCUGGCUACGCCUGGAAGAGCCUCGGAUGGACUUUGCUGCAAAGUUAAUGAAGAACAUACGAUUUCCACUGAUGACACCGCAGGAGCUCAUUAAUUACGUGCAAACCGUGGAUUUCAUGAGAACUGACAAUACGUGUGUGAAUCUCCUUUUGGAAGCCAGCAAUUACCAAAUGAUGCCAUAUAUGCAGCCAGUGAUGCAGUCAGACAGGACUGCCAUUCGGUCUGACACCACUCAUUUGGUUACACUAGGAGGAGUGCUGAGGCAGCAGCUGGUUGUCAGCAAGGAAUUGCGCAUGUAUGAUGAAAAGGCCCAUGAGUGGAAGUCCUUAGCCCCCAUGGAUGCCCCAAGGUACCAGCAUGGCAUUGCUGUCAUUGGAAAUUUCCUCUACGUCGUUGGAGGACAGAGCAAUUAUGACACAAAAGGAAAAACGGCAGUUGAUACAGUCUUCAGAUUUGAUCCACGAUACAAUAAGUGGAUGCAAGUUGCAUCUCUAAAUGAAAAGCGCACCUUCUUCCACCUCAGUGCCCUCAAAGGAUACCUGUAUGCAGUUGGUGGACGGAAUGCAGCUGGUGAACUGCCUACAGUAGAAUGUUACAAUCCAAGAACAAACGAAUGGACCUAUGUUGCCAAAAUGAGUGAGCCCCACUAUGGCCAUGCUGGAACUGUGUAUGGAGGCGUAAUGUAUAUAUCAGGAGGAAUUACUCAUGACACUUUUCAAAAGGAGCUCAUGUGCUUUGACCCUGAUACUGACAAAUGGAUACAGAAGGCGCCAAUGACCACUGUCAGAGGUCUGCAUUGCAUGUGCACUGUGGGAGAAAGGCUCUACGUCAUUGGCGGCAAUCACUUCAGAGGAACCAGUGAUUAUGACGACGUCCUAAGCUGUGAAUACUACUCACCGAUCCUUGACCAGUGGACCCCAAUUGCUGCUAUGUUAAGAGGGCAGAGUGAUGUUGGGGUCGCUGUCUUUGAAAAUAAAAUCUACGUGGUUGGUGGGUAUUCGUGGAAUAAUCGUUGUAUGGUAGAGAUCGUGCAGAAAUAUGAUCCAGAUAAAGAUGAAUGGCAUAAGGUAUUUGAUCUCCCAGAAUCCCUGGGUGGCAUCCGAGCUUGCACACUCACGGUUUUUCCACCUGAAGAAACCACACCAUCACCUUCUAGAGAGUCCCCUCUUUCUGCACCGUAAGAUCGUCCCUGCAACUAAGAUGCUGUAGUCCUAUCUUUGCAGUGUGUCACGAAUUCUCUUCUUUUGCCCCCUCCCCUUAAGUAGUGUAUGUUAGGAUUAUCCUCCAGUAAUUGAUACAAAUAUUGGAAAAAAAGACAUUGAUGUUCUUCGUGCUGUUUGUUUGGCUUCGAGUGUUUAUAAAGUGGUAACAAACCAUUCUGGAAAUGUAUCCCAUAGAAGCUGAUAUUUAACAUACAAGAAAAAAAAAGUAUUGUCUAUAAGAUGUUUCUUCAGUACUUUUUGAUGCUGUGUACUGGGUGUAAGGUGUUUGUCAUCUUACAUUAGAAAAGCCCAAAAAAACAAGUUAAAAGGUGGAUUAUAGUAAAUGUGCAACUGUGCUAACUAGGCUUCAAAGUAAAAAGUUUUCCUUUCAUCUUUGACUGUGAGAUGUUAAAGGGAGACAGCCAGUUCCAACAGGAGACACCAGACAAAAGGUUGCCAACUCGCAUGAGCUACCUGCCUCUUUCCAUAAAGUAUUUUUGACAUACCUGUCAGCCCUCCUGUCUGUGGGGGUGCAUUGAAAACACAUCCAAUUUCUUAGAUGCACAGGAGAAAUAAUCAUUGAAAUUCACCAAUCUUAAUUUUAAAAAAACAGCAUGACCCCUCAACUUGUAAACAAGGGUUUGGGGGUUUUUAAGUGUGUAUAAAUACAUGCACACAUAUAUGUCAAAAAGGAAAUUUUAAAAAAUUGACUAGAAUGUCAAAUUAAUGCAAAAAAAUAAAUACUUUUAAAUUUCUUCCAAAAAGCAGCUUCAGUUAAAAUGGGAAUUCAGUAUGCACAUACUGAAUGCACGUAUGUAGAAUCAUACUGAAUUUAGGUGGACAAGGGCUAGAAAUUUUGAGCAACUAAAUUUGUCAUUUGACCAGAUUUUUCCCUCCAAAACUAUAUUCUACACCUUCUCCUUUGCUGUUGAGAUAACUUACAUAUUAUAUGUAUUCUGUAUACUCAGUUCAUAAGAUUAUUUAGCACACAAUAUAGCAGCUUGAUCUGGUGAGCUGCUUUUGCUCAGUGAAUUCAAUUUCCAUGUUCUAUCUUUUUUGUUCAAUAAAAAACAUUUGAUGUCG